GUUAAGCCUAGGCUUUAGAGCGACUGAACUUUUUUAAACGCUUAAUUUAAACGCCGUAAAGCAAAGCAUACAUGUCUGUUUCUGCACUUUGUGAACCAGAAAUGAACGUUAGUGCAAAUGGGUGCUCGCUCACAUGACCAGCGCGUCAGCUGACUCGACUGAGGAAAGCGGACCUGAGAGCAUCAUGAUAAAAUUGCUCGAAAAAUUAUCUCCGACAGAGUGUCCUAAACUCCUACACAGGUUUGUGGAUGGACUGUGUGGCCGGAGUUACCCAAGACGAGUGGAGUACAGUGAAGUAUGGAGUCUGAUAGAGUGGGGGGAGUUAAUGAAUUCACUCACCCAACUUUUCCGAGUCGCUGUUGGGAGAAUGUCUUCAGAUCAGCAGGUGCAGGAACUGCUGGGUGAUUUAGACUCUGCACAUGCAGAUGCUAUUCUGCAGUGUCUGCAUGCCAGACAGGAGGAGAUCAGACAAGCUUUGGUGGACAGAACAAAUGGAAUGUCCAGCACACAACUGCAGGACUUUAACUGGCAGAUAAAGCUUGCAUUAUCCAGUGAUAAGCUGUCAUCUUUAAACACUCCUCUAUUGAACCUCAGUCUGGACCUGAAAGAGAAUGGAAUCCAGAGGGCUGUAAAUAUGGAAAUGAACAAAGAGGAGCUACACACACUCAUCAGUGCAUUAGAGGCUGCUAAUAAGGUGGUCCUACAGUUGAAAUGAACACAACACAUGACCAGCUGCAGUUCUCACCCUACUGCGAUAGAUCUGAAGUGCAUGUCUCAGGAACAAGGAACUGUGAUCUUUUUUGGGACGCCUCUACCAUACAAACAGGAUGAGAAACUACAGUCAGCACCUGGCUUUUUCUGGACUCUUUUGUAAGGGAAAAAAACAUAGAAAAGAAUGAAUGUGAUCAUGUGUAUUUAUGUACAUGUUUAAACUAGUACAUGGGUUGGCUUCUGUUCAGACUGAUGUCUGUUGGCAGUACAGUAAAUAGCCAUGAGUCACAGGACCUUGGUAUUUUUUUUGCUUUCUGAGAGCAGCUCAGAAUAUUUAAAAGCAGUGGGAGGGUUCCAACUGAAUCAAAGUAUUUUUGUUCCUCUUCUUCAUUUUUCUAGAACAGAUUUUUCUCAUGUAAUAGCAAUCAAUUGUAUAUAUUCCUCAAUAAUUCUGCAACUUUUUUUUAAUACAAUGUGGUUAAUUGUUACUCUUUCCUUAUUAAACUGAAAAAAGAUUAUUUACCAAGAUCUGUUCUGGAUACAAGAGCAAGAAUCUUUUCUGUAGCACUUCAACAAGACUGUUUCACCACUUCCCUGUGUAUGUUUUUAUGGUACAGGGGCGGGGUGGGUAGCACUGUCGACUCACAGCAAGAAGGUUCGAUUCCCCGGCUGGGCGACCAGGGUCCUUUCUGUGUCGAGUUUGCAUGUUCACAUGUCUGUGCAGGUUUCCUCCGGGUACUCUGGUUUCCUCCCACAGUCCGAAGACAUGCAGUCAGGCCAGUUGAACUUAGUACAUGGUAAAUUGCCCCUGGGUGUGAGUGAAUAUGUAUGUCUCCCUUGUGAUGUAUCCUGCCUUCUGCCUAGUGACAGCUGGGAUAGACUCCAGCCCUGCAGCCCGGGUGCACGAUACAGGGAAGUGACAGGUCGCUUAGCACAAAUAACUGAGCUGUGAAUGGGAGAGUGCAGAGUGCCCAAUUCCUAGAGUUCGACCACCAUGCAGAGUUUAGUUCCAACCCUAAUCUAACAUACCUGCUUUGGGUAAUGAAGGCCUUCAGGAGCUUCUGAAUAUUACAGCCAGGCACAAUGGAUGGAUCUCUCUAGGGUGAUAGAUUUCCAGGACCAGGAUUGGGCACCCUAGGGAUAUUGCAUGUGCAAAUUUGCUCAACAUUAGCACCUUUUUUUGAAUACAAAAUUCCACAGUCUUUAUACUGAGAACAGUGUGCCUGGGAAAACAUGCCAAUGUUUUGAUUAAGCAUCUAAAGUGAAAUAUUAAAUUGGGUAUAAUAUCCAGUCUAACAAAGAAGUUUAGCAUGAAAGUUACACUCACAUUCAUUAUCAUUUGUCUAAUAUGCUUGCAGUUGAGAGCAUCUCUAUUUCUUUUGUGCAUAAAUGAAGGCCUGCUUUAGAGGGGAGCAUUCACCCUGCUAAGUGCGUUCUUAAACAUGUCAAUAAUCAGAGGAGAAAGAGAACUCCACAACAUAGCCUUUGUGGAAUUCAGGUGUGACAUUAAGAGGGUUUGCCUGAGAUUAAAUUUUUAAUGGUGUCUGUGAGAUCCUAAGAGUAGCAGAGACAUCCAACAGGUUUGCAUGGUACUUUGUCAAAGAGAGAAGGCCAAGAAGAUUUGGAGGAACUGCUCAUCUGAGCAUGACUUAGAGUACAGUGAAAUUCCCUAAAUACAUUAUUUAUAGGAGCAGAAUCCAGUACUAACAUGCUUUCUUCACUUUUCACUUCUGGUAUUGCACUCAUUGAACUCUCUGUCUAUUAUGUAUCCUACUGGCCUUUUUCCAAGCCUGUUUCCAGCCUCAUACUGUUUCUAGCUCUGAAAAACAAAAGCACAAUUUGUGCUUUAGAAAGAUCGAAUGUAAUUAAAUUCCUAUUCAGCUCGUA